UCAGGUGCACUGCCUCCCCCUCAAGUGCGGCGCAGUGGUGCGCUCCCCGCCGCGCUCUUCUCCUCCCUCUAGCAGGCGGAGGUGCCGUUUCCUCUCCCGGCUCUGGAGCAGUAUGUCCACCGCGGAGGUUGCUCGGCAAGCGCCAGAUGGGGCUCGCUCCGUCCCUCUCUCUGGCCAUGUGGGCUUUGACAGCAUGCCCGACCAGCUGGUCAACAAGUCCGUGGGCCAGGGGUUCUGCUUCAACAUACUGUGUGUGGGCGAGACCGGCGUGGGGAAGUCCACGCUCAUGGAUACCCUCUUCAAUACCAAGUUUGAGGGGGACCCCACCAAGCACAGCCAGCCCAGUGUGCAGCUGAGAUCCAGCACCUACGAGCUGCAGGAGAGCAAUGUCCGUCUCAAGCUGACUGUGGUCAACACCGUGGGCUUUGGUGACCAGAUCAACAAGGAGGACAGUUAUAAACCCAUCGUGGAUUUCAUCGACGAGCAGUUCGAGGCCUACCUGCAGGAGGAGCUGAAGAUCAAACGGACGCUACACUGCUAUCACGACACUCGCAUCCACACUUGCCUCUACUUCAUCGCCCCCACCGGACACUCGCUUAAGUCCCUGGACCUGGUCACCAUGAAGAAGCUGGACAGCAAGGUGAACAUUAUCCCUGUCAUUGCCAAGUCGGAUGCCAUCACCAAGACCGAACUUGCCAAGUUCAAGAUCAAAAUCUCCAGUGAGCUGGUCAGCAACGGCGUCCAGAUCUAUCAGUUCCCCAUCGACGAUGAGACAGUGGCUGAGAUCAACUCCGCAAUGAACGGUCACCUGCCAUUUGCUGUGGUGGGAAGUACAGAGGAGUUGAAGAUCGGGAACAAGAUGAUGAAGGCAAGGCAGUAUCCCUGGGGAACGGUACAGGUGGAGAACGAGAGCCACUGCGACUUCGUGAAGCUGCGGGAGAUGCUGAUUCGCGUGAACAUGGAGGACCUGCGGGAGCAGACGCACGCCCGCCACUAUGAGCUGUACCGCCGCUGCAAGCUGGAGGAGAUGGGCUUCAAGGACACGGACCCCGACAGCAAGCCUUUCAGCCUCCAGGAGACCUACGAAGCCAAGAGGAACGAGUUCAUGGGUGAACUUCAGAGGAAGGAGGAGGAGAUGAGGCAGAUGUUUGUUCUCCGAGUCAAGGAGAAGGAGGCUGAGCUAAAGGAGGCAGAGAAGGAGCUGCAUGAGAAGUUUGACCGGCUGAAGAAGCUGCAUCAGGAAGAGAAGAAGAAGGUGGAGGACAGGAAGAAGCAGCUCGACGACGAUCUGAACCUCUUCAAGCAGAAGAAGACGGCCAUGGAGCUGCUGCAGUCCCAGGGCCAGCAGGCUGGGGGCAGCACCACGCUCAAGAAGGAUAAGGAGAGGAAAAACCUUCCAGCCCGGCCUCUUUUCACACACCUCUGCAGCUGAAGACUGACACCCCACAGUCCGCAGGGCUUUUCGUUCAUUUAACCACUUUCCCAUCACGUUGGGAGCACGUCAGCGACCGGAAUGCUGCUGUGUCUCUUCUAAUCUCUUCUUCCAGAACGGACUGAAGGCUCUUAUAUGCUUAUUUUCUCUUCCUGUGCCCCAGUGAUGUAAUGCAGCUUGCAGCCUAUUGGGAGACACCAUGAACCUUUAAAACAUUCUCAUGCGCUUCAAGUGCAUAAUAAGAUCUUUACUGUUACAUCGCUUAGGAUUAUAUACUGACUGUUUCUGAAAAGAAAUGACCUUCCUAAUGCGACCGAGUGAGCUGUGAGACGUGUCACAUG